UAAGAUGUACAAUCUCCAUGGAAUACUUAGUAUCUUAUUACGAGAGGUAGUGCGCAAAAGUGUAAAAAAUAAUGGCUCGGCUAAACUAUAUCGUAGUGAUCAUUAGUAUUGCAUUAACAUGCAUUCUCGCAGAGGAAUUAUAUUCCGAUCGAUACGACGGCGUUGAUUACAUCGCAGUUUUUAGCAAUCCCAAAAUGCGACAACAGUAUUACAAAUGUUUUAUGGAUUUUGCACCAUGCAAGACAGCUGACGCAAAAUUCUUUAAAGGGAUUAUUGGCGAAGCUUUUCUAACCGAAUGUAAGAAAUGUACUGAAAAGCAAAAGCAACUUUUAGAUUUCAUGGUUGACUGGUAUACAACAAAUAAACCCACUGAACUGCAGGAUCUUAUUACAAAGACUAUUGAGGAUUUAAAACAGAAAAACGCCAGACAAUAAUUGCUGAUGAUAAAUACUGACAAAAUGGACAUAAAUAUCACGUAACAGAAGGAAAACAGUGUAUGAUAUCAUCUAUAAAAUUAUUAAAUACUUUAUACCUGGAGAUCUUUCCAUUCAGAGAAGAGAGAUAAACUCCUUUAAGAAAAAUAUACAUGUUAUAUAAUUAAUAAAAUGUACUCCCCGUUAUAAAUAAUGAUAUAAUAUGCAGUAUUUGUAUUGUUAGAAUAAAACAUCUAUAAAAGCAGUU